AUGUCGGCUGAUCGAACAGGUCGAGCUGAAAUGGUUAUUAGAAUUCAAAUUAUGAUGAAAGACGUGUUCUUUCUAUUCAGUACGAUUUAUCUAUGCUUUUAUCAUUUAGUGAUUCUGACUGGAAAUUCCUAUCCCGAAUUGGCAGAGAAUAUUUCGAGAAUUGUUUAUUCACAUAGAACAGAUGCUAGUCGUGGAUUGAAACCACUUGGUGAAUGCCGAGUUUUUAAAAAUUCUGAUAAAGAAACUCAUGUCGAAAUUCGCGAAUCCGUUAGAAGUAAAGAUGUUUUCAUAAUUCAGACUGGUUCAACAAAAGAUCCAAAUGAUAACUUAAUGGAAUUGAUGAUUAUGAGUUAUGCAUGUAAGACAUCAUGCGCAAGGAAUAUCAUUGGUGUUUUGCCAUACUUGCCUUAUAGUAAACAAAGUAAACAGAAGAAACGCGGGUGUAUUACUAUGAAGCUUGUUGCACAGAUGUUGGUCAAAGCAGGAUUAACACAUUUGAUUACUGUUGAUUUACAUCAGAAAGAAAUUCAAGGUUUUUUCGAUAUUCCAGUAGAUAAUCUUCGUGCCUCAUCGUUUCUCGUUGAUUACAUUCAGGAACAAGUGCCGGAUUGGCGAAAUGCAGUCAUUGUCGCUCGUAAACCUAAUCAAGCAAAACGUGUUACGGGCUUUGCUGAAAGAUUAAAACUGAAUAUUGCCGUCAUACACGGCUCACAAGAUCGAGAGAGUGAAAGCGAAGAAGCUGACGGACGAAAUUCACCUCCACCAUUGGUCGUCACCGGCUUAGAUUUUCCUCUUGUACCUGUAUCAGAAAGACGAAGUGUUUUUGCUAUCCCAUCACUCGUCAUAGGCGAACAAGUCAAUGUAAAAGGCAAGUUACCAAUGGACGUUGUUGGCGACGUCAAUGGUCGAAUCGCCAUUAUACUAGAAGAUAUGAUCGACGACGUUCCAGGUCUUGUUCAAGCAGCAGAUGUACUUUUCGAUCGAGGUGCAUACAAAGUCUACGCAUUGGCUACACAUGCUCUAUUCACGUGUGAUGCUCCAGUAUUGAUUGAAAAAUCUCGCAUAUCCGAAGUUGUUAUAACCAAUACUGUUCCACACGAAUUUGCGAAACUUCAAUGCUCGAAAAUUAAAACAGUCGACAUAAGUUUACUUUUGUCGGAAGCAAUUCGUCGCAUACAUAACCAAGAAUCGAUGAGUUAUUUAUUUCGGAAUGUCGAAGCGAAUGAUUAA